AGCAAUGCAUCCUAGCUUUUCUCUUGUUUAAUUUAGCAGCAGCCGUCGCGUUCGUCCAUCCCAAGGCAAGGCGACACCGCCACCGGCCCCCAUCCUCCGCCCACCUAUUUAUACAGGCCACACCUCUCUUUCUCAUCGCCAUCGUCAAAGCAUCCCAUCCGUUUCUCCAUUCGCUUCCGUUCCAGAAGCAUCGUCAAGCAUCCGGCAUCAACCAUGGGCUCCCGCUACGAGGUUGAGGUGACGGUGGGUUCCGCCAGCAACCUCAAGAACGUCAACUGGCGCAACGGCGACCUCAAGCCCUACGCCGUGCUCUGGGUCGACGACGGCCCCAAGUGCUCCACCCGCGUCGACCUCGACAACGGCGAGAAUCCCGUCUGGGACGACAAGCUCGUCGUCCCGCUCCCUCCUCCCUCCGCCGCCCGGCUCGACGACGCCGUCCUCUGCAUCGACGUCGUCCACGCCAACGCCGCCGAGGGUGUCAAGCCGCUCGUCGGAUCCGCGCGCCUCCCGCUCCGCGACGUCCUCGACGACGCCGGCAUCGGGGCCAAGGUCUCCCGCACCCUCACGCUCAAGCGCCCCUCCGGCAGGCCCCAGGGCCGCCUCGACGUCCGCGUCGCCGUCCGCGAGGCCGCGCGCUACUACGACCCCAACCCCUACCCGGCGCCGGGGUACGGAAACCCCGCCGGAGCAGGCUCGCGUGACCCGUACUACGCGGGAGGGGGACAGGCGCCGUACGGCCAGCCGGCGUACGCCGCGCCGCCGGCGGGCUACCCGGCCGGUGGUUCUGCUACUUACGGCGGUGGCUACGGAGCUGCCGCCGCUCCCCCUCCGGCGGCGUACGGGGCGGUUGGUGGUGAUCCCGCGGCGUACGGUGCCGCUCCAGCCACGGCUGCUCCCGGGAAGAGCAGCAAGAUGGGGAUGGGGACGGGGCUGGCGGUAGGCGCGGCGGCGGGGGUGCUGGGCGGGCUGGCGCUGGCGGGGGGAGCAAGCUACCUGGAGGACAAGCUGGAGGACCACGUCGCCGAGAAGGUGGAGGAGGACCUGUACGCCGGCGGCGACGAUGGUGACUACGACGACGACUACUAGGUAGAGAGGAUCGAUCGACCUAUCAUCAUUCUAUCGGAAUCGGAAUAUGGAUGGAAUCAAGUCGAGUAAGCCAGUGAUCGGGAGGUUGUUGAAAUAAGUUGGAGUGAUUUGGUGAGAGACUCCAUGUUACUGUAUUUCUUCGUUCGCCUUCAAUCCAAUCUUGCUUUCCAUCGAUUACGUACGUACUAUAGAACACGUAAUCCAGGAACAUGACCCGGUGAUGUAGAUCGCAUGGUACAGUAUGGUUUCUGUUUCUUUCUCCUC